UAGAAUUCAAAGGUCACACGUGGAUGGAGAGAACGCUCGCAGUGGCUAGCCUAGGUUUGGAGAGUUCUGGAAUUUUGCUAUCAACAUUAAGGGAUUGUUAAAACCAUAGAAAUUAAAUUUUGAAAAUGACUGAUGCAGCCUUACAUCCUCAAACCUUAUGGGCUCAAAGGAAGGAUAAACUUUAUAUUACAAUCUCAGUUGAGGACUUUAAUUCCUCUAAGGUGGAAAUGACAGACGACCAGUUAAUUGUUGAGGGUAAAGGUGGGGCAGAACAGAAAUUGUACAAGUUAGAUUUCAAGUUUUAUGGUCAAAUAAAUGAAGAGAAAUCCCAUGUAAAACGUUCGAGUAGAGAGGUAUUUAUCACCAUAGUAAAGAAAGAAUCUGGUCCAUACUGGCCAAGGUUGCUCUCUGAUAAGACUAAGCUGUCAUAUUUGAAGACAGAUUUCAACAGAUGGGUUGAUGAGGAUGACUCUGACGACGAGGACAGUAACACAAGGGGAAUGGGUGGUAUGGGAGGUGGCAAUCUUGAACAGAUGAUGGCUCAAAUGGGUGGCGGCGGCGGUGAUGGAUUCCCUGGUUUAGGUGAUCUUAAUGAAGGAGGAAGCGAGGACAGUGACGAUGAAGAAUUACCUGAUCUUGAGGAUGAUACACCCGAGACGAAAUCAUGAGAUGAAUACAUCACUUGAUCCCAUAUGAAAGAGGAGCAACCAGAAGACCAUUAUGCUGCAAAGUGUCUGCAUCUUGAAUUCUAAUCCAUUAAAAAGGGAAUUUAAAAAUGUUCACAUUUUAAAGGGAUUUUGUGGUUCUUCAACGGUUGUUACUUCUUUUCCCUACUUUCCAGAAUAACAAUUCGAUGCUUUUUUUUUAUUCCGAUUGUACUAUAUGUAUGGAAACAGUUUUAUAGAAACAAUUUGUUUGUGUGUACCGUAGCUAGUGUCCAUUUUUUCUAGAUAAUGUUGGGAGAAUUAAUCUGUGUAUAUGUAGGGAUUGACAAGUUUGCAUGUGUAUCAGGUAUUGGGUACCGUUGCUAACUGAUAACAAUAAAUCCUCACAAGGCAAGACGUUUUUAUACCUUGUUUAGCAAACCCGCUGACUGCAAAUAUUAAUGAUUUUGAAUAAAAAUAAAAUUUAACUUUUGGCCAUUUAGCGUACCCCCUGCCACGUAAAAUUGGAAAUUUCA